AUGCUGAUGCUGUCGCUGGUUUUCUCGGUUGAACAGGUGAAGGCGAGCUUCACCUUUCAGGCCCCUGCCAGCCACCUGACGCUGUGGGUCCUGGGGGUCGUCAUGGCAACAGUCGACGGGGGAGACGGAGCGCGGGUGGUGAGCGGUCAGACGGUGUGUGUGGGCGGUCCCGAGCGGCCGUGCUACAAGAUUGCGUAUUUCCACGAUGUGUCGAGCCGUGUUGCAUUCUGGGAAGCUGCUCAGGCCUGCGAGCUGGACGGAGGAGAGUUACUGAGCGUGGAGAGUCAGGAGGAGCAGGAGGAGGUGCAACACCUGCUGCAGGAGUUGCGUUCAGGAGCGGUGGGAGGAGGAGGAGGAGGAGGAAUAGCAGACGGUGAUUUCUGGAUCGGUUUGACUCGGGCGGACGGAGCCGAGCAGAACCAACCGGAUCCCAGCAGCUUCACGUCCUGCCCGCAGCUCUACCACUGGACGGACAGCAGCCCGGCCUCCUUCAGGAACUGGUAUUUUGAUGAGCCGUCCUGUGGCGGCGAGGCCUGCGUGGUGAUGUACCAUCAGCCAACUGCACUUCCUGGUUUGGGCGGGGCUUAUCUCUACCAAUGGAACGACGACCGCUGCAACAUGAAGCACAACUUCAUCUGCAAAUACCAGCCAGGUGACCCCCCCGCUCCUUUAGCUCCGCCCACCAUUGGUGUGUGGAACGAGCAGGUCCAACAGCCUGGAAGCGGCGAGGAGAACAAACCUCAUGUCAUCAUGGCUGGAAGUUCAGGCAUGCUGCUGGUGUAUGUCAUCAUUCCCACAAUCCCCCUGCUGCUGCUCAUCCUGGUGGCCUCUGCGACGUGCUGCGUUCAGAUGCUCAGUAAAAGCAAGCCCCGGACCAAGACCAGUGUCGACCAAUCAAAUCUCUGGAUCUCCAAAACGCCCAAGAUUGACAGCAUGGAAGUCUGAAUGCAUCACAGUGACAUCACAGCAAUGACAUCACUCAGCAGCUCACCAAUCACCACAGUGGGAUCGUGACAGAGCGGCGGUGCGUUCA